UCAGUCACGGUUCAGCUUGUAGAGAGGCGAGUCUGCUGCUCCCCCAGCUGGUACAUUCAGCACCUGAGCCCCGGACAGCUCCGCGAACUUGUCGCCACCAUUGUCACCGCACUCCGAGGACGACCUGCCAUCACAGGACUGCUUAACCUUUCCUAUUUGCGUUUGUCCGCUGUGGCUUGUUAAUAAAUACUACAUUUUUUUUUUAAGAGCAACGAUCGGAGUGCGGAUCAUCUUCUCCUCAUUACUCCGGGAUCGAGCGCCCGGAGCCGUGCUUUCUAUGUGAUGUAUGGGUAGUAGCACUGACUUUUUUUUCUUUAUAUCACAAGACUACUACCUCCAGGCACAGGCUGCCCACAGUCUCUGUGCUAUGAGUGCUGGUGGACACCAUGGAGCUCCACCAGAGGCUGCCUUGGAAUGUCUCUCUCUUGGACUAUCUCUCUCCUGGAAAUGACAGUUCCUGGCAGUCCAGACCUCUGUCCAGCAACCUCCUUUUCUCUGCCCACGAACCAGGCACCAUCCUCUUGGUGGUAAUGUACUCUGCUUCCUUUCUGGGUGGCUUGGCGGGCAACAUCAUGGCUUUGAGGGUAUUGGGGACCAGAAGGAGAAGAAGAUGUGGCUUCUCUGGGGUAUCAGGGACUAAGGACCUUCUUGUCAACUUGGCAGUGUGUGACAUGAUGGUGAUUUGCAUCUGUAUGCCCAUCAACCUUGGUCACCAGGUUCACAACGCUUGGGUGUUUGGUGGGUUCCUCUGCAGAGCUGUCCCCUUUGUCCAGGCUGUGUCCGUCUCUGCCAGUGUCCUCACCUUGUCUGUCAUCAGUCUGAACAGGUACUAUAGUGUACACAACCCUAUGCAUGCCAGGACUUUCUUCACCACCAGGAGAAUAACUGGCAUGAUUUGUUUAGUGUGGCUCCUGUCUUCUGCUUUAUGUAUCCCAUUGCUGUUCAUGAACAGGACUCAGAACUUGGUCCUCUACCCUAUGAAAAUGGACGUAGUGGUGUGCACCGAAAGUUGGCCAAGUCUCAACACGAAACUUAUCUACAACUUCUUGUUGUUCUGUGCGUUGUAUGUGUUCCCCGUCUUAUUCAACCUCUUGAUCUGCUUCCUGACAAGUCGACGACUUUGGGGGGCCGGUGACACUUUGAUCGACAAGAACAGUUGGUCCAUGGCUGGCUCCAGGUUGAAGGCUCGUAGGAAAAUUGCCAAGAUGGUGGUGGCACUGGUUCUUCUCUUCACACUCUCAUGGUUGCCCCUCUAUGUGCUAGACAUCUGGAUUGACAUCAACAUGACCUAUGCCCCUUUUGGAGAGAUGUUUGGAAACCUCCAACACGACUGGAUUUUGCAGUUGAGACCCUUCGCCCAGUGGCUCGGCCUCACCAACUCCACCCUGAACCCCCUGUGCUACUGCUUUGUGGGCAACCUGUACCGAUCGGCCAAACGGUUUAGGAAUAGCUACCGAGAAAGGUUGGUGUCUAUGUUUAGUCUAUCAUUGACCCACGCACCGGGGGACCCCGCUGCCCCCCGUUUAUUACACUACAAGGCCUCUAAAGACAACAUGGAGUCUCGGUUUAAGAGAGGCAAACUCCAGUCAACGUUUCGACCCCUCAACAAGAACAAAAGUGCUUCCUCAGUCCCAAUCUGUGAAGAGAGCCCAGGGCUCCCCAUGCCUGUCCCUACUUGAUAUCACACAAGGGGGCUUUCUCUUCCCAGAAGAAGCCUGGACACACACACAGCCGAUUAGAUCCCUUGGUGUGUACUGUAUUGAACUAAUCAGACACUUAUUGAUUAUCAUGUAAUAUGUGCGAUUCUAAGCUGGACUGACGUUUAUUGAUUAUGAUGUAAUUUGCCAUGUGUGCCAAUUAGAAGGCCGGUGUGCAUUUGUGGAUUAGAUGAGGAACUGCUGUCAACUAUCAUUUCUAGAGGUUCGAUAUUAAACAUGUACACUAAAUCUGUUGUCUGUAGUGGGCAAUAUAUCGCACAUAAGCAGGGGCGGACUGACUACUCAUGGGGCCCCCAGGCAAUAGGAGAUUAUGGGGCCC